CAUUUGGGGGAUAUCUGUCCUGUCCUGACAUUUGGGGGAUAUCUGUACUGUUCUGACAUUUGGGGGGAUAUCUGUACUGUCCUGACAUUUGGGGAUAUCUGUCCUGUCCUGACAUUUGGGGGAUAUCUGUACUGUCCUGACAUUUGGGGGAUAUCUGUACUGUCCUGACAUUUGGGGGGAUAUCUGUACUGUCCUGACAUUUGGGGGAUAUCUGUACUGUCCUGACAUUUGGGGGAUAUCUGUCCUGUCCUGACAUUUGGGGGGAUAUCUGUACUGUCCUGACAUUUGGGGGAUAUCUGUACUGUCCUGACAU